AUGGCACAAGGGAAUUUGAUUGAUGUCAGGACUAAGAAGUAUGGCAGAACAGGUCCAAAGCCAAUGGAAUUUUCUGAUGAAUUCCUACAGUCAGUCCCUUUGCAUUUAAGGAAGACAAAAAGGAGUUAUGCAGCAGCAUUGAAGAUCUCUCAUGUCACUCUUCACAAUUUGAAGAAAAGGGGAAGGCUAAAAACACACACAAGCAGCAACAAGCCAGCACUGUCAUCAGACCACAAGGUAGCCAGACUCAAAUGGGUUCUGUCACAUAUUAAUCCAAUUACAGGUAAUGAGGACCCCACAUUUGUUGAUAUGAACCAUGUCAUACACAUUGAUGAGAAAUGGUUCUAUCUAAACCCUGAUAAGAGGAGGUUUUAUCUCCUACCAAGUGAGGAAGAUUCAUACAGGGCAAUACAGUCAAGAAGAUUCAAGCUCAAGGCAAUGUUUAUGGCCUUAAUUGGGAAGCCAUUGUAUGACACAAAUGGGGAACUACUCCAUAAUGGGAAGUAUGUCAUAUUCCCAUUCACUGUCAAAGAACUAGCAAAGAAAUCCAGCAAAAACAGAGCAGCAGGAACUUGGGAAACAAAGGCACUCCAGAAUGUAAACAGAGAAGUGAUUAGAGAUAUGUUGCUGACAAAGGUCAUAUAA